CCCACUUGCCCCCCUGCCCUUUUAAUUCUGGUACUCAAUCAUUCCUCUUCAGUUUCAGUGUUUCAGUCACUGGCGCUUUGUUCUGAUAAUUUGGCAACUUUCCUCAGAAAAAUAUGAAGAUCUUCAACUGGGUUCAAAAGCGGCUUCAUCAGAAGGUUGAGUUUGCUGGAAAUGUGAAAAAAACUGAACUGGAAGUGGAAACCAAUCACAAGGGCACACAAGCAUUUCUCAAGCAAGUCGGACUUGUUAAUGUUGAUGGGCUUGACGGUUGGAGGGAGGGCAUUUUAACGAUAGGUACCUUGGGUUUCGAUCCCGUAAAACCCUUCAACUCCCAGAACGAAUAUUUCGUUUUGGAGAGCGAAGAGCAAGAGCACGAUCAGGAAAACAAUGGAUUUUCACACUGUGGUGAUGACGACGACGAAGAUGAUGAACAUUAUGAUGAUAAUUUUGGAGAUGAAGAACUGAAUCCUUUAAUAUUUAAAACAUUUGAACACAGUUUUGAGGACGUUGGGUCAAACUCUGAUGCCACUGAGAAACUAGUUGAUGAUGAUCAUGCGAUCUUGACCGUUGAUGGUGUUCCUCUUACACCAUAUGAAGGGUCCAACAAUGAAAUCAGUAUUGCACCACCUGAUCUGUACCGUUCCGAGAUCACUGAUGAUGAUCAAAGGAAGAAGAGAGGCCAAAGAAUAACCCUAGCUGACCUAUUCCAGGCUGAUCAUGUUCAUGAUGUUGGUCAACUGAAGCUUGACUCCUGCAAAGUCCAGCCAAAAAUGCAGAAAAAGGUGAACGUGAGAACAAAGACCGGCCUAUCAUUUGCCAAGAAGCUCAUUCUUCGCGUCAAAGAGGAUUCAAGUCCAAUAAAAAAUCUGCAACGACUGAUGAGGAGGAUGUUGAAGAGGAAGAUCCAUCCAGCUGAGCAUGAUGUCAAGGUUGACAAAUCAGAUGGCCAGAAGCAGCCCGGUGCAGUAGAACUCGUCACCAAGGUUGAAAGUGAUGCCUCUGAAUCAGUUUCUUUGCUUCCAAUUCAAGGUUCUACUGCUUGUGUCCAUUGAAAUAUGGCCUGAAACUUCAUUGCCUGGAAAUGAUUUGUACUUUGGUGAUUGCUAUAAUCACUAUAUGAAGGACAAUGUUAAUUAAUUAGCUUUUUAAGUAUGUGCAACUGCUGAACUAUUCUAUUCCUGUUUAAUUUGUAAUUUUUCUUAAUUGUUUUGGCUUUAGUAAUGAUGGGAGUUAUAUUUUUGUCACAUAGCCUCUUAUAGGCUAUGAUUUGUGUAUCGACUUUUUGAUGCAUUAUCUAUUAACUUUAGCAAAAUGAUCCAACA